GAGUUUCGAGUCCAUAAAAGCAACGGCUAGCGACGGAAGUCCCAGCUUUCAGUGCAAUGCUGCUGCCGGAGCUGCUGCUACUACUCGGCUUAGCCGUCUCCCAGGCGGACAGUUAUGAUAGGAGUGUCAACUACUGGGAGGCCUUUGCUCCAGGCAAACUGCUUCAACGUUUGGAUGCCCUCACCGUCACUGAUGUGGAUCAAUCAAAAGUGGUAAAGCUCCCGGAGAUUGUGCAGCCUGUCUUGGCAGCAAACCAAGCACAGGCCAAGGCGGAUGAGGAUGUGGACGUUGAUGUGGAUGUCGAGGCGGAGGCGGAGGCAGACGCAGCUGAUGACAAUGUGGAUAGCCUUAGUGCAGAGACCAGCCAUGAGGGAUAUUCCGGUGAGGAUUACGAACGAAACUACGAGCAGUUUGUCAAGGAGUAUUUCGAUCGGGCUGCGGGCGAAAACCACGACCACGACAACGACAGCUACGAUCUAGAGGAGGAGACCCAGGCGGAGGCCACUAAUGUGAAAGAUCAGCGCUGCCGGCGGGUCAAACGGAAAGAUGGACAGCUGUGUGAGAUCUGCCGACAGUUGAAGAACAACGAGGUUUCUGAAACGUGUAGCUACUCGCAUGACGAUCAGCCGGAACAGUAUGCCUUUGGCAGUGGCACCCAGUACAAGCGUUAUCGGAACGAUCCCGCUGAGAAGGAGCCCGCGGAGGAGACUGCACCCAGUAGCCUGUGUGUGCGCCGUCAGCAGGACAAGAGCGUCUGCUAUGAGUGCAAAGACAGCAAGGGCCAGAAAAUUGAACGCUGCUACGAUGUUCAGGGUCGGAACGCAAAGACCAGAAAGAAGAAAGCCUCGUCAUCCUCCUCAUCCCACUCACCACACAAACGCAAGCCGCGAUCCCAGCAAUCCCAGCAGUCCGAGCAGGAGCAGCGCAUCUAUAAGCGAACCAUUAGCUACAGCUAUGCCCAGGGUACGGAUCAGCAGCCUCCAGCUGGGACAACGGCACUGCCAGUGCCCCGUCAACGUCGCCGGCGACUGGUGAAGAUAACACGUCGACGAGGACCAGUCCAGGUCCAAUGAUCUUCUUGUUUUGUUUUUUGUUUUUUUUUUUCCAAAGCCCAACUCAUUGUAUUCCCUUAAUCAAACUAGCUUAGAUUAAUUAAUAUUAUUACACAUAUUAUUUUGUUAAAAUAAAUCAUGUUUUAAGAUCA